GUUUUCACGCAGCGACAACUGCCUGAUCACUGAGCUCUGCCGAUCUGUGUCUGGUGAAAGUCCUUCAGUUUAGGCAGACGCCAGACGUUGCAGAGGAACGCGGCCUUUCAACUCCACUUUGCCACAGCUCGAAAGGUCUUGCCACGACCCUUUUUGCUUCGUCGACGUUCAGAAGCAUGAGGUCUGGUCAGCGGUUUUAGUUUCCUCGAAUCCUGUUUUCUUUCAUUCCGGUCUCAGUCAGUGUUUGUGUGGAAGUGCGGCAAAACAUGGCUGGGCCAAUGGGAAGGAGCACGCUCAAUGACUACAUCAAAAUUGGCAAGUUGGGAGAAGGUGCUUAUGGUAUCGUCUACAAAGCCCAGCAUGCCGUCACAGGGGAGAUUGUGGCCAUGAAGAAAAUCCGAUUGACGUCGGCUAAUGAAGGUGUUCCAAGCACUGCAAUCAGAGAAAUCUCUAUUUUGAAGGAACUCCACCAUCCGAACAUUGUGCAACUAAAGGAUGUUCUCCACCAGGAUACUAAACUGUACCUUAUUUUUGAAUUCCUCAACACGGACCUGAAGAAUUACCUGGACCGCCAUGAUGGCUUUCUUCCCACUGCUACUAUCAAGAGUUUUCUCUAUCAAAUCUGCCUUGGCAUCGUCUACUGCCAUUCUCAUCGGGUGCUGCAUCGCGAUUUGAAGCCACAGAACCUGUUGGUAGGAAACAACGGUGUCAUCAAGCUCGCUGAUUUCGGCCUGGCGAGAGCGUUCGGUAUUCCAGUCCGGGUCUACACACACGAGGUGGUGACAUUGUGGUACCGAGCACCCGAGAUUCUCCUUGGCUCACAGCGCUAUGCAUGCCCGAUGGACAUCUGGAGCAUUGGCACGAUCUUUGUGGAAAUUGUUCAGAAGAAGCCGUUCUUUCACGGCGAUUCGGAAAUUGACCAGCUUUUUAGAAUAUUCAGAACAUUGGGUACACCAACAGAGGAAGACUGGCCUGGAGUGACAAAACUGCCCGACUACAAGCCAACCUUCCCCAGGUGGAAGCCGCAACCAUACAGCAAGACGGUUCCAGCACUCAAGGAGGAUGCCAUCGAUCUUCUUCAGCAAAUGUUGCAGUACGACCCAUCCCGUCGGAUUACUGCUAAAGCAGCACUGAUGCAUAGCUACUUCCAAGAUCUCGACAUGUCGUCCUUACCAGCACGCUACGAGGCUAUGGCCCGCUGGCCAUAGAAUACCUUCCCAUUGCUAUCAUCACAUGCCUUGUAAGAUAUACUGUGCUCUAUUCGGUGAGAUGACUGCUACUUCAAGAGCGGCGGCUGCUGUUGCAGCUGUGCAAUGCCCACAAGUGCGUAUUUCCGUCACCUGAAAACUAUAAUAGUUUCCGCGGCUGUUUCUUAUGUGGGAUCCUUGGACCCAGUCACAAUUCGGAGUUCUCACUUUCAUACCGGGAAUCCAUAGAUGUAACAUAGCCUAUUGCUUUCUGACCUAUCCAGCCGCGAAAUUUUAACCCUUCAGUGCCAGCCCAUGACUGGUUCUUUUUUAGUCUUCUUCUUUUAAUUUUUUUUAAAUUUUGGACAUUGUUAACAGAGGAAAUUCUGGGCUACGCACUAGCUCACACAUUCCUCCUGUCAUGUAAAUUUUUUAAGUUUUUUUAAAAGUUUUUAUCGGAGAUGAAACCAUUUGUAGGCUUUUUUAGAUUUCUGCAGCAGCAGCAGCACAAACCACACAUUCGCACAUGAACAUACCGAUGCUAUUUAUCGAUAGUAUUUAUGUUGUUAUUGAUCACAACAAUGAUGACUGCAUGAUCAUUGCCGGGGACAUUUCCCGGCUCCUCUGACUAACACAUCAUACUCAUUCAACGCCUUCUUUCCUGGUGAGAAUUGCACUGCUUUUCUUCUACAAUCACAGCAA